CAAACAUGCGUUUCCUGGUGCUCACUAGCCUCGCGUCGCUGCUGACGUCCGUCCUCGGACAGUCAAGUAGCGUCGACUCGUAUGUCGCGUCGGAGUCGCCCAUCGCGAAGGCGGGCCUCCUUGCGAACAUCGGACCCAGCGGCGCCAAGUCGAGCGGUGCGAAGGCGGGCGUAGUCAUUGCGAGUCCAAGCACGACCAACCCGGACUACCUCUAUACCUGGGUCCGCGACUCGUCUCUCGUAUUCAAGACCAUCAUCGACCAGUACACCUCCGGCCAGGACACGUCCACGCGCAGCCUCAUCGACGAGUUCGUCUCGGCAGAGGCGACACUGCAGCAAGUCACCAACCCCAGUGGCAGCGUGACCACUGGCGGGUUGGGCGAGCCCAAAUUCAACAUCGACGAGACUGCUUUCACUGGUGCAUGGGGUCGUCCGCAGAGAGAUGGGCCCGCUCUGCGUUCGACUGCGAUCAUCAACUAUGCGAACUGGCUCAUUGCCAACGAUAACUCUUCUUGGGUAACCAACAAUCUCUGGCCCAUCAUCAAGCUUGACCUCGACUACGUCGCGAACAACUGGAACCAGUCUACAUAUGAUUUGUGGGAAGAGGUGGACUCGUCUUCUUUCUUCACGACUGCAGUUCAGCACCGCGCUUUGCGCGAAGGCUCCACUCUGGCCACGAAGAUCGGCCAGACCUCCGUUGUCAGCGGAUACAACACCCAGGCUGACAACCUUCUCUGCUUCUUGGAGUCAUAUUGGAACCCUAGCGGGGCCUACAUCACAGCUAACACUGGCGGCGGCCGUUCUGGCAAGGAUGCGAACACGGUGCUUGCCUCCAUCCACACUUUCGACCCUGCCGCUGGAUGUGAUGCGACCACCUUCCAGCCAUGUUCGGACAAGGCGCUUUCGAACCUGAAGGUCUAUGUCGAUUCUUUCCGCUCUAUCUAUGGUGUCAACAGCGACAUCGCAUCCAACGCCGCUGUCGCAACUGGCCGCUACCCCGAGGACGUCUACUACAACGGCAACCCCUGGUACCUCGCGACAUUCGCCGUGGCGGAGCAGCUGUACGACUCCCUCAUCGUGUGGAAUGCGCAGGGCUCCCUGACAGUCACGAGCACGUCCUUGCCAUUCUUCCAGCAGUUCUUGAGCAGCGUGACUGCGGGCACGUACGCCUCGUCGACAUCCACCUUCCAGACGCUCAUUACCGACAUUAAGACCUUCGCGGAUGGCUUUGUCGCGAUGAACGACAAGUGCACGCCAUCUGGCGGAGGGCUCUCGGAGCAAUACGACAAGAAUACUGGCAGCCCAAUCAGCGCAGCCGACCUCACCUGGAGUUAUGCUUCUGCCCUCACGGCUUUCGCCGCUCGCAGCGGCUUCGCGUCUCCCGGAUGGGGCGCCCAAGGGCUGUCUGUCCCCGCCACCUGUUCAGGGAGCUCCGGUCCCACUGUGGCAGUGACCUUCAAUGUUCAGGCCACGACUGUAUUGGGAGAGAACAUCUACAUCACUGGUUCCGUCGACGCGCUUGAGAACUGGUCGCCGACCAGCGCCCUUCUUCUUUCGUCUGCUAACUAUCCGACCUGGAGCAUCACUGUCAAUCUUCCCGCGAACACCGUUAUACAAUACAAGUACAUCCGGAAUAACGACGGCUCUAUCACCUGGGAGUCCGACCCAAACAACCAAAUCACAACUCCCGCCAGCGGUAGCUUCACCGUCAACGACACCUGGCGGUGAAUGUUUGCAUACUUAGGACUCUUAGUGUUGUCUCCGAGCAGACAUGGAUAAAGAAUGGAAAACCAUCAGAUCGAAGGAAUCCUCCUUCACAUGAUUAUCAAUUCAGCAUAAUCUGACUUCGCACCAGCGUUAUGUGCUGACCGAAACGUUCAACGUUCAAUAUAAUUCAAUGUGGGGCUGACCUCUUGAUCAAGUUUCCUGCCAGUGUAUGACUUCAUAUCCCUCGUUUCUGCCCCGAGUGCGGAACCCUGAGAAAGCCAAGCCUCGUUGUAAAUUCUAUGCUUUCUGAAAACUGCUCGCAGAUCGCCGCAGUAGCUUCGGGGUCGAGCGCGGCUUCCAGAGCGUCGCUGGAGCCUUCGAGGUGACCAGGGGCCGUGACAGUAACGAGGUCAUAGAGAGUGACCGUGACGAAGCCCAAACGUUAAUGAGCCUGGCCUGCAGC